AUGCCUAUCGCUCACAGUUUAAACAAAGUUUCCAAGAGUAUAUCCAAGUCCAAGGGGCAGUUGCAUAUUAAGGGUCGUAAAUUCAAGCAAUUAAACAGGGCCACAUUAAGAGAUCAGAAGUUGACUUCUAGAAAGUUGAACAAGCAAGAACUCAGAGAUAGAGAACUUUUGAGUGUUAAAUUCAUACAGGAGGCAGUUAAGAACAGACCAGAAAGUGAAGUUUUCACUCUUGAGGAUAUGAAGAUGUUCAUCGAGGGUUAUCUUGCCAGAUAUGAUGAUGAGUUGAAGGAGUUGAGAGACAGUAGAAGACCUGGCAGGGCCGCAACUAGUAGGCAGCAGAUUUUGGAAGAAAAGGUAAAGCACGAAUUGCAAACUUAUGAAUCUGGAUUCAAGUGCCCUGAUCUUUCAGAUAGAUACACUGUAGAGAGAUUAAGACUCUGGACCGGAUCCAGCGGUGGAACCACUGUGAUGAAGUUCAUUCAUGUUUCCAAGGAUAUGCCUACCUUAGUAAAGGCAGAUCAAGAGAUGAGCUAA